GGACCACUUCCGUAUAAUUCUUAUAUGCAUGGCUACAUCUGACACUCUUCACUUUUUGAUAAGGCAAAGGAAAUUGAAUUCUAUUCAAGAUGAAAGUCAUGGUUGAUUCAACACGACAGGAGCAAAAUGUUCAACGGAGUAGUUUUCAGGAGAAUACCAACUGGGCGGCAUUCGGUCUUGAUCCCAUCACAGCUACAGUGUCGAACAUCAACCCAGACGCCGAAGCACAACCUGACGUAGACUCGAGACAAGAUGUCGAAAAGACAGUCAGUGCAUGGAUCUGCGUCCUUGGAUCUUUUCUAACUUUGAUACCUACAUUCGGCUUCAUGAACUCGUUGGGUACAGUCCAAACAUAUCUAAGCAUGAACCAACUGCACGACUACAGCGAAGGCGAAGUUGGAUGGAUCAGCGGCCUGUUUCUCUUCCUCUCGCUCAUUCUCAACGUCCAAGUCGGUCCGAUGGUCGAUGUCCAUGGGCCCAAUGUCAUCGGUCCUGUUGGGGCAGUUCUUUAUGUGGCCAUGUUUCUCCUCAUGGCCGAAUGUCGCAACUACUGGCACUUCAUGCUCUGCCUGGGAGUAUUCGGGAGUAUCGGCGCUGCUAUGACAAUGGUUGUAGCCAUCGCCAUCGUGGGAAAGCUGUUUGUCCGCAAGCGAGGUCUCGCCAUGGGUAUUACACUUGCAGGAUCGUCUAUCGGCGCUGUCAUAUUCCCUAUCAUUCUACGGUCAACGUAUCCCAAUCUCGGCUGGCAAUGGUCAAUGCGAAUUAUGGCGUUUAUAUCAGCAGGUCUUCUCCUCCCUGCCAUUCUCUGCUUCACCGCCUUCAACAAGAUCUACAAAUCAUCAACAAAUGGCCAACCCGCCCCCAAGAGCUCAACACUCAACUUCACUGCCUUUCAAUCACCCGCAUUCUGUUUUGUUACAGCCGGUAUCUUCAUGUUUGAGUUUGUCAUCUUCAGUAUCUCGGGUCUUCUACCGUCCAUUUCUACUCGGGUCGGCUUCACUGCCGAGAAUGGAUAUACUCUUCUUUCUAUUGUUGGGGCGGCGAGCACAUUCGGCCGAAUCAUUCCCGGAGUCAUUGGCGACAAGUAUGGGCACUUCAAUGUUCUACUUGCUACUUUGGUGUUUACUGUCGUCUUUAUGGGGGCUCUGCUUGUUCCGUUUGGUACCAGGUCAGCUACUGCUCUGUACGCCUGGUCUGCUAUCUGGGGAUUUGGGUCUGGGUCUUUUCUCUCCAUUACUCCAGUCUGUAUGGGCAAAACAUGUGAAGCCAAGGACUAUGGUCGAUAUUAUGGCAUGAUGAACUUUGUCACCGCCUUCGCACUGCUCAUCGCUCUCCCUACAAGUGGUGCCAUGCUCGAGAACAUGGGCCCUCAAGCUCUGGCUGGUCUCUUCACUGGCAUGACUGCUGUUGGAGGAGCUUGCUACUUUGCAGCCCGAGCUCUUCUCAUUGGGAGGUGGCUGUCUCCCAAGACUAUCAUUUAAUUUCAAAGAGUACCUGAAUACGUCUCAUUAUUUGCAAAUCUGAAUUUGACUAAAUUGGGUGUGGUUGGUCAAUUUCAUGGGAGUUUGGGUUAUGACAUAUGGAGACUGGAAAAUAUACCUAAUCCGGCGCUGGAUGAAAUAAAGGAAAAUGGGUAUUAAGGAGUUUCAAGAUUGUACUGAGUU